AUGGCGGCUCCAACACCCAGAGAUGCAUUGGACUUUCCUGAGUCCGAUAGGGACUUCCUGAACCCUCACCUUCCAUCCCAGGUUGGCACCGCCGAUGAUCUCCCCUUCACAACACUCACCUUUGCCACAUCGCUCGAUUCCUCUCUUGCUCUCUCACCUGGGGCCCGCACGGUCCUCUCUGGGCCCCAGUCGAAGGCAAUGACACAUUAUCUCCGAUCACGCCACGAUGGUAUUCUGAUUGGUGUUGGUACGGCAGUGGCAGACGAUCCAGGUCUCAACUGCCGCAUUGCAGGAGUCGGAGGUUACGGUAAUGAAGGCUUGAAUGGCCAGCCCCGACCAGUAGUCAUUGAUCCAUCCGCCCGGUGGGACUUCUCUGAUGAUAGCAAACUGUUUCAGCUUUGCAGAGAGGGCCGCGGCCGUGCGCCAUGGAUUGUGACAGCACUUGAUCAACCCCUCCGGAAAAGCAAGCUCUGCUGGAGAAGCCGGCACCAAAUCAACUGGCAUGAUCUCCUUGUCACCCUCAAGUCGAAUGGUCUUUUGAGCGUCAUGGUAGAGGGUGGUGGCCAGGUCAUCAACUCUCUCCUAAGCCCUUCUCAUAUGUCUCUACUGAGUUCUGUGAUUGUCACAAUUGCUCCAACUUGGCUAGGUCAGGGUGGUGUAGUCGUAUCACCCGCCAGGCGGUUCGAUGACAGAGGAAAUGCGAUUUCCGCUGCGAGAUUGACAAACGUCAAGUGGUACCCAUUUGGCGAAGAUGUCGUGUUGUGUGGUCAGGUCAAUCUUUCCGAUGCUUGA